ACUUGCCAGCCCUUGACUCUUUGCUUGACCCCUUCCCCUCCCCCUCCAUCCAGCUGCGGCAAGGAGAUUACAGGCUUCCGGACGAUGCUUUUCAAACCAGACCAGGAAGGCGUCGGCGAGGUCUGCUUUGCCGGGCGCCAUGUCUUUAUGGGCUACCUGAACAUGGAAGACAAAACGAAAGAAGCCAUUGACGCCGAGGGCUGGCUUCAUUCUGGGGAUCUGGGCCGGUACGAUGAGGAUGGCUUCCUCUUCAUUACGGGACGGAUCAAAGAGCUCAUCAUCACCGCGGGGGGAGAGAAUAUUCCCCCGGUCCCGAUUGAAGAUGCAGUCAAGGAGGCCGUCCCCAUUCUUAGCAACGUCAUGUUAGUGGGAGACAAAGCCAAAUAUCUCGUCAUGCUGAUGACCCUUAAGAGCAAGAUGAACCUAGAAACGGGGAUGUCGGAAGACGAACUGACGGCUGAAUCCAUCGAGUUCUGCCAGAAACUGGGCAGCAAGUCCACCACGGUCUCCGACAUAGUGGGCAACAAAGACGUGGCUGUGUACACCGCCAUCCAGAAGGGAGUCAUGAAGGUCAAUGAUCACGCCACCUCCAACGCCCAGAAAAUCCAGAAGUGGGUUCUGCUCAGCAAAGACUUCUCCAUUCAGAGUGGCGAGCUGGGUAAGAAGCUGGCAUGGCUCCCCAGUUCUGGAUGGUUUGUGGGCAGACUGCUGGGGUAGGGGGGGGUCGGAUGGCACAGGGUGGCAUUUCUCAACCUUGGCAACAUGAAGAGGGGUGGACUUCAACUCCCAGAAUUCCCUAGCCAGCCAUGCCGUGGGGUUCAGCCCAGAUCCCACUUCGCUGAGAAUCUUAGCCGCUUCGUUCAGAAAAGACAAGUCGUAUCCAAUCAAUGUUCUCCAAAAGAGAUUUGUCAAGUCUUAUGCGGAAAAAGGCCAGGGGAUGGUUUAAAUGCCCUUUAUGUUGCCCAUUAAAAUGCCCUCUGUCCUCUGAGAUGCUAAAUUAAAAGAGGACCGGCCUGCUCACUUUUCCAAAAGUGAAGUCCUUGCAUUACUCUUUCCAAGAUUUUAAGGUGACCUCAGGAAAGUUCAGACAACCAUUUGUCUGAAAUGGUAGGUUUCCUGCCUGAACAGGGGGUUGGACUAGAAGACCUCCAAGGUCCCUU